GAUUUGCACCAAUAACUACGCAGCGGUACAUUUCUGCCUUUGGGGAUUCAUCGGACUGACACCUCCAACCUUAUUUACGCGCAAUUUCAAAUGAUGUGAACGGCUUUGUUGGAUGCUCCGCUCAAAUUUGAUCCUCAACUGAAGAGUGGUUGUGAGGUGGCAACCGAGGAUGCGCACCGAGGUGCUUCCAUGCACAAUAAGAGGGGUGGAGAAUUUGCAAUCAUAAGCCCUAAAUUACUUCCAUAAAGAAGAAGGUUAAUUUCUGAGCUUGUUGAUUUGACGUAAUUGCGUCACCCGUGACAAGAUUGGAUGACAUGAGCUUGCACAACCGGAGCCAAAGCAGCGCGCGGCGCAGUGACUACGAGUGGCAAUAUGAAUACUACGACGAGGAGCCCGUCUCUUUUGAGGGACUCAAAGCACACAGAUACUCCAUUGUAAUCGGCUUCUGGGUUGGACUUGCAGUGUUCGUCAUUUUCAUGUUUUUCGUGCUCACGUUGCUCACAAAGACAGGAGCGCCACUGCAAGAAAGUACAGACACCGAGAACCUGCCCGGUCCAGGCAACGGUCUCGUGAACAUCAUCAGUCAGAAAGACGACACCGACGACAUAACAGUUCCUCGUCCCUUUCUGGAGGAAUCCUGCCCCUACUUUAAUUCCUACAUCAGUGACGGUGAAGAGGCAAAGCGGUGGCAAAAGCCCAAAGCGAAGCCCAACGGAUCACGGGGGACCUUCAACGGGACCGGAGGUACCACCUGUGCGGUGCCUCAACAGGAGGAGCGCUUAGAUGAGCGGAAGACAGAAACGGACUUCUUGCCCCACUUCAACAUCCCAAACUUUAUCACCUUUGAGCACAACUCAUUGGGAGAAGACGACCUGCUGUGUGAGUCACCGAUCACACCGGAAGAGAACAUUUGAGCCAUCCUCCAAAACGAUACCUCGAAAGAUUAUGGAGUCGAAGUCAAGAUAUGAAAAGAUGCCUUUCGAGGAAAUUGUCGUUCUAAAAUAUGAAUUCAAAAUGGAGGAGAGAGUGCGGUAAUAACAAAAGCUACAGCAGACAACAUUUUGAUUGUUUGGGCUUGCCAGAUGUUUGAAUUCUGCUGAGUGCUCAAGUAGCUCACAAAAGGAUGACUGAGUCAACACACGCUGCAGUAGCCAGAGUGUGACAAAUGGCUUUUACUGGAUAAAUGUGUCACAAGGGUGAUAGAGAGGAAAAAAAAAGAAACCUCUCAGUGGAUGAACGAAUGCUCGAAAGGUUCACUUUC